AUGUUGCAGGCGUGCGUGUCGGCGGCGCUGACGGCGUGCGCGCCGGCCGCCCUGUGCUUCCUGUGCGCGCGCGGGGCGUGUUCGUGCGCUCGCGCGUGUGCGUGCGCGUGUGCGUGCGAGGUGCCCGCGGGCGCGUGCGGCGCCGUGGGUCUGUCAGUGUGCGCGUGCGUCGAGCUGUGCCUGUGCGACGCGCCCGCCGCUGUCUGCGCGCUGCCCGAGCGCUUUGCCUUCUGCGCGCUGCGCGACGCCCGGCGCCUUCUGCGCAAGUACGCGCCUCGCUGGCCGCCCACGCCUUCCUGCCCGUGCGGACGCCUCCGCUCCCGACUCGCGCAGGAAGAUACGUGA